AUGGCAAAAGAAACAAGUCGGCUGGAUGUUGCGAUAGUGGGAGGGGGCAUAUCGGGUCUUUCACUGGCAAUUGCGCUUCUGAAAAAAUGCCCACACAUGCACGUCACCGUGUACGAGUCUGCGAGCGCGUUCGGAGAGAUUGGCGCUGGGGUUGGGUUUGAGCCUGUCAUGGUGCGCACCAUGAAACUAAUUGACCCGCGCAUUGCCGCUGCCUUUGAGAAGUGCACCAAGGGCAACACAGUCACUGAGCCUCCGCGAUGGUUCACAGUGCGCUUCGGCGAUGAGCGAAAGAAAGAUGUGCAGCUGGGUGAAGAGGUUUUCGUUAUGCCUGCGAGAAGAGGUCCCCGAGGAGGAGUACAUCGCGCGCAUUUCCUGGAUGAGUUGGUCAAACUGGUUCCCGAUGGCAUCGCGCGAUUCGGAAAGAGAUUGCAGAAUAUCACAGAGGCAGAGGAUGGCUCAGGCGACGCUGUGCUCCAUUUUGCAGAUGGGUCGACGGCGCAGCAUAAUGCUGUGUUGGGAUGUGAUGGAAUCAAGUCGCGCACGCGGUCAAUCAUACUCGGCGACUCCGAGACAUCCACUGCAGUGUUUUCGGGGAAAUACGCGUACCGUGGGCUGCUUCCUAUGACCAAGGCUGUCGAGAUACUGGGUGAGGUAAUACCUAAAACGCCGCAGAUGUACAUGGGCUACCACGGACACGUACUCACGUUCCCCAUCGCCAACGGGACGCUUCUCAACGUGGUGGCGUUCGCUUCACGCCAGACUUGGGAUAAUCCAGAGUGGGUAGUCCAGACAUCGCACGAAGACAUGCUGGACGACUACAAACACUGGACCCCUACCGUACGAGACAUGAUAGGUAACUUACAGAAGCCUGAUAUCUGGGCGCUGUUCGACCAUCCCCCUGCACCAACUUACUACUCUGCCAAGCCGCUGGUCUGCCUUGUGGGCGAUGCGGCCCACGCGUCUACACCUCACCAGGGAGCUGGCGCCGGAAUGGGCGUCGAGGACGUUUACAUUCUUGGCGAGCUGCUUUCUCGAUGCGACGCGAAGAGCGAUAUCACAAAGGCAUUCCAGGCCUACGAUGCAGUACGAAGACCUCGCAGCCAGAAGCUUGUCAAGACGAGUCGCGAAGCCGGCAUGCUGUGGGAUUUGGAAGGCGAAGGCGUGGACGACCAUCUCGAAGCGCACAAGCAGAAUUCCUUGAGCAGAAUGGACUGGAUUUGGGAUUACAACAUCCUCGACGACCUGGCACGCGCAAUGGAAAUAAUGGAAACUGGGACGAAUGUCGAAACACUAUAGUCCAAAGUCGGUAGUGUUGCAAUACGAGUGAUCCUGCUGCUCCGUGGAGGAAGUUGAAGAUUCUCCACGCUGAGCCCGCGGCAGGU